AUAGAAAAUAACCCACGUCUUCCAUUAUCCUAAAAGCCUUUGCAGCUGCCACGGUCCUAGCUGAACUAAACAAUGGCAUUUCUCCAUCCUCCAUGUUCAUCUCCCACUUCCCAAACAACCUCACGUCUUCCAUUCACGCCACUGAUCACUGCGUCCUCUCAUCUCUCUUCAACCCAAAAGCCAACCCAAUUGAGCAACUGGGUCUCGGAGUUUCGGUCCAAGUCUUUAAAUUUGGUGCUCUCAGGGGCUCUCACGCUCGGAUUAUCUCUCUCAGGAGUAGGACCUGCGGAGGCAAAAGUUGGGGUGAACAAGCCAGAAUUGCUUCCCAAAGAGUUCAGUCCUGUAAUUGAUGUAGCUGGCUUCCUCUCUGAUGGUCAGGAGAAAAGACUAGCCCAAGAGAUUGAUAACAUAGAGAAAGAUACUGGAUUCAAGUUGAGGGUUCUUGCACAGAACUAUCCUGACACACCAGGUUUGGCAAUUAAAGAUUUCUGGCAAGUGGAUGAUAGAACUAUUGUCUUUGUUGCUGAUCCCACCUUUGGCAAUAUACUGAACUUCAACGUGGGGGCUUCCAUUGAUCUCGAUGUUCCACGUAGCUUUUGGAGCCGUUUGGCCGGGAAAUAUGGAAAUAUAUUCUACUGGAAAGAGAAGGGAGAAGACGGAGCGAUUGAAGCUGCAGUAAUGGCAAUAUCUAGCUGCUUGAAAGAACCUGUAGGCUCCGAUAAUUGCUCUGAGGUAAAAUAAUACAAUGACUACUUAACAAUGGCUCCUUCAUUUGCACCCUGUCCAUUUUGUAAAUGUUGUUGAGAUUUGUAUGACAUCGGUUAACAAAAUGCUAAAUUGCUUGUUCUAAAUGAGCAACUUCUCAGUGACUGUUCUUGUGUUGAAAAUCAGAAUAAUGUUCAUUCCAUAAUCUUAUCAAUACUUUUGAAUUUUGCAA